AAUUUGACUAUAAUUUAAUUGAUGUUAGGGAACAAACAGUUAAUGACAGUUUCAUUUUUGUUGGCAAAGAAAUCACGUAUAGGUCUCUCUCUUUCUCUCUCCAUCUCUCUCUCACCCUUCAUCCCCGCUGAUUGGUUUCCCGCAAAGAUAAUUACAGGCCAAAUCUGAUCCGCUGAAUGACAUGGACCGGAAUGAGCUCUCGCCCGGUUCGGAUGUGGCUGCUAUGACGAAGAAAGCGGCCCACAAGAGCACGCCCGGGCUCCGCUGCGCCGGCAACAGCAGCACCGCCAAGAGUUGCCUGGACUCCAGCUCGGAUGCGAACCCGAAACCCAAUCACGUCGUCAUGGAGGAGACUGACGACCUGGAGGAGGAAUCCAAGUUUCAGCAUCCGCGUCUGAGGAGGGCAGGAGGCGGGAUUCAGAUUAAGAGCUGCGCAUCAGGAGGAGGAGGAGGCGCAAAUAGGAGCAGCACAUCCACGGAUGCGCGCCCGGGAGAUGCUGCUGCCGUUAAAGGCGGCGGAGGAGGAAGCAAAGCGCCUACCGUAGUGGCCACCGUGACGGUAGAGGCUUAUAAUGCGUCCGAAGUCGACGGUAAUCCGUCAGCAGCGCUUUCCAGCAUGAAAUGCAACAAGAACGGGGAGUGCAGGCGGGACUCCGGCACCGGGAGCCUCCGGUCCAUUAUGUCCAAACCGGACUCGGGCAAGCGGGCUACGUGCAAUUCAACGACCAGCAUGGAUGGCACCAUCACGCCGGGGCAGGACGCGUCGAACCCCGGUGCGCUCCCGGAGAAGAAGGACUCCAAAGUGUCCUUUUCCAACGCGCCCAGCAGGAAAGCCUCGUCCUCCAUCCACGGUGGACAGCAGCAGCAGCCCCGGAACUCGGUGACCUUCCUCAAAUCUGAGGAUGGAGCCCCGGAGGACACCGAGACCCGGGGCAGCCAGGCGAGCUUCAUGCAGCGGCAGUUCAGCAGCAUGUUGCAGCCCGGGGUCAAUAAAUUCUCGCUGCGCAUGUACGGGAGCCAGAAGGCGGUGGAGAAGGAGCAGGAGCGCGUCAAGUCGGCCGGCAACUGGAUCAUUCACCCCUACAGCGACUUCAGAUUCUACUGGGAUUUCACCAUGCUUCUCUUCAUGGUGGGCAACCUGAUCAUCAUCCCUGUGGGCAUCACUUUCUUUAAAGACGAGACCACUACGCCGUGGAUCAUCUUCAACGUGGUGUCCGACACCUUCUUCCUCAUGGACCUGGUGCUGAAUUUUCGCACAGGCAUCAUCAUAGAGGACAAUUCGGACAUCAUCCUGGACCCCAAGACCAUCAAGAAGAAGUACCUGAAGACCUGGUUUAUAGUGGACUUUGUGUCAUCAAUCCCGGUGGAUUAUAUCUUCCUGAUUGUGGAGAAGGGCAUCGACUCAGAGGUGUAUAAGACGGCACGAGCGCUGAGGAUUGUGCGCUUUACUAAAAUCCUGAGCUUGCUGAGGCUUCUGCGGCUCUCGCGGCUCAUCCGCUACAUCCACCAGUGGGAAGAGAUCUUCCACAUGACCUAUGACCUGGCCAGUGCAGUGAUGCGGAUCUUCAACCUCAUCGCCAUGAUGCUGCUGCUGUGUCACUGGGACGGGUGUCUGCAGUUUCUGGUGCCCAUGCUGCAAGAUUUCCCCUCCGACUGCUGGGUUUCCCUCAACAAGAUGGUGAAUGACACAUGGAGUGAGCUGUACUCGUUUGCUGUGUUUAAAGCCAUGAGUCACAUGUUGUGCAUUGGUUAUGGUCGUCAGGCUCCGGAGAGUCUCUCUGAUAUCUGGCUGACGAUGCUCAGUAUGAUCGUGGGAGCGACCUGUUACGCCGUCUUCAUCGGACACGCCACGGCCCUCAUCCAAUCGCUGGACUCCUCACGCCGACAGUACCAGGAAAAGGUAAAGAAACUGGGCUUGCUAUUAUUCUUUUUUGGAUGGUUGAUUUCAUGCAGUGUCUAAAGGAAAACAACAAUUGCAACACAGGCUCAGUGGAAAUACAGUUGAAGUUAGAAAUCUU